AUGAGAGAACUUAAAGAAGAAGAACGAGAAAAAGUGUUCAAGAAGCUGCGAAUAUUCGUAGGAGACAAUCUGGAUGCAAUGCUGAAGGAGAACGUGCUGAUGCUAAACCAGUCUCGUGUAUUCCUGUCCGAUAGAAAUUUGUAUAAGAAAUGUUCUCAAAUUAGCAAGAAACAGCUGAUUUCUGUAGGCCGGGUUCUAGGCAAAUUCACUAAAACAGACAACUUUAAAAUUACAAUAACAGGAAUGCAAGGAAUGGCAAAGUAUGGGUUACAUAAGGUAUGGCUACAGGACAAUGGUGAGAACAACUUUCUAUACGGUAACAAUGCACUGAAGAGUCACGUAGGAAGAGUAUCAGAGAAUAUUCCUAUGAAUGCAGGUGUAUUCGUCUAUAACAAGAAGGAUACACCACUUGGAUUUGGUUUGAUGGCACUGUGUCCCACGAGUUACCAGAAAGCCAGGAGCGGUGAUAUUGUUGUUCUGGUUCAAGCAGAUACCGGUGAGUAUAUCAGACAAGAAGAAAAGCUGUGCUAG